AUGCUGGGUUCUUACUUUGGAUCACUCUGCAGAAAACAAAAUAACGUGAUGACAGAAAAAAGGGAGGAGAUGGAGGAGUCUAGCAGCAGGUUGUACUCAGGACCUCUGUCCAAGGCAGCUCAGAAGAUCCUGGCUGUUCUGCGGGCCCAGACUCUACAUGCAGCCAGACACAACCGCAGCUUCUCCAAUAAUCAUAGGCAAAUGGAGAGGUAUUACGGCAGCCAGAGGGAGUCAUGGACUCAGACCAGCUGGAGAAUAAGUCAGGAGGAAUCGACAGAAAGAGACUCAAACCAACUAUGGUCAAGGCCCCAGAUGUCAUCCUAUUCCACCUCUUAUCAUGACUCCUCCAACCAGAGACAGGGUUCUCAGACCUCAGCCUGCUAUCAGGGCUCGCAGACAUCAGACUGCUCCCUGUCAUCCCAGGCCUCCCCCUGUUCCUCCUCCUGGUGGGAUUCAUCAUUGCAAAGGCAGACAUCUCAGUCUGACACCUAUUAUCAGCCCUCACAGAUUUAUUGCCACAGAAAGAACUCCGAACCCCCUGCUUACCAGUCCAGCCAAACUCCUUCAUUCAGUCAGCGUGAGGUUUCUGAGACAGCAGCAUCCUCUUUCCAUAAAGACACGAACACUCUCUCCUUCCAAAUACCAGAGAGACUUUCUGAGCAUCAGGCUACCCCCUGGAAAAACUCCACUGAAGAAAUCAGGCCAUGUUUCAUCCUCAAUCUUUCUCCAGGGGAUGAGGGUCCUGAUGAGGUAUUGUUCCCCACAAUGGAACACUCUAAUACUCAUAAAAAGGAGCCCGCCUUGGCUUACCGACCAGUUUCAUCCUGCCAUAAAAUAAGUGUCGAGACCGAUAGCGACACAUCAGGUGCACAGAGAGAAAUGAAAAGUACAGAGAGCUGGAGUGUCUCCAGAAAUGAGCGAGAAGAAACUGUAGCUUCAGGCAGCCAAUCAAGGUGGAAGCAGCCUAUAUCCAACCCCUCUGAAGAGGCCACUAGUGGAGAAGAUGAAGAUAUAUUAUAUCAGCAAUCAGAGUCUGGAACAAUCAAAACUGGAAGGGUACAUCUACCUCCCAGUGUCCAUGUAACAAGACAGGGGACAGGUUGUGACACACAUGCUCUCAAACCAAUGAGACAGCUUGAUGGAGAGGAAGGGGUGGAACAAAUGGUGGAUUCAGAAACUAUUACUGGGGCAGGUGCAGGACAUAUGUUGGACAUCCAACAUGAAAUGCAGGGUGGAGUAAAUGAAGUUGCAUGGAACGAGAUAGGACACAAGGAUGCAGUCCUGCCAAAUGAGAAAGAGUCAGCCAAUGAAAUGGGAACCAAUGACAACAGUAGUUUAAAGAGAAAUUUGUACUUGGUCUCUACAACAAAUAAAAUGGAGAAAAGCUUUGAUACUGAAGGUGCAAAGCAAGAGCAGAAAGAAGAGAAUGACUUUGAGUACGGAGUUAAUACCCCUGAAAUCAAAGAUGUUGAACGAGGCAGUGAAAAUAAAGAGAUAACAGUGGGAUAUCACACUGACAGUCCAGCAAAGAUCUCAAUAUCUGUAGAGAUGAGAGACCACAAGAUGAACCCCUGCCAGCCUGACAACACUCAAAUCUUAGGUCACACUGUGACUGAAACAGGAGAGAAGCACCUGACAAAAGCAGCAAUACUGUUACACUGUGAGGCCAAAAAAGAGGUGACAGGUGACUCCACUGCUGAUAACCUGAAAAGAGCCACAGAGGAGAGUAUAGAUGGGAUGGAGAUUGGAUCGGAAGUGGAGACAGAGCAGCAGCACUGUUCUGAUGUCCAUCUAAGAGACAGGCAGCGUGAGACAGAUUAUAGAGGAGUCAGUGAGUUAUUUGGAAAAUGCGUUGAGGCAGGAGAGAGUGAGUCAGUGAUGACAAUUGUGGACAGUGAGGAUGAGAGUACAUGUACAGAGGACUCAAGGAGAGAAAGCUGUCCUGCGUUGCCCCGGGAGUGCGGGGCGGGAGGGUCAGGGUUUAGAGCUCCCUGUCUCCGUGGGAACCGUCAGCACCAUGAAAACGUACAAGCCACUAAUGGAAGCACCAGAGGGAGCAACUCAAGCAUAGUGCUGGCCAUAGGAAGCUUUUUUGCCUCUGGACAAAACUCUUCAGUGCAGGACUUGGACACAACUGCCAUAAGACCAAGAGAAAGACUAGAAAACAGCCGCCGAACCCAUCAGCCUGCUCUGAUUCCCUCCUUCUCAUUAAAGAGGAAGCAUGAGCUUCUCCAGCCCCAAAAUGUUAACCCUCUGCCCAAAAUCUCCCUAACCAGGCGUCCUCCAAAAUGGGAGCCGCCUCGCCCCUCUCAGGAAAAGACAGUUGAAAGAGGAGUCAGUGAGCGGAAGAGAAUCAGGCCCAAAGCCUCUAAUCCUGAACACCUAGCUUUAGCCCUAGAACCACAGACUAAAGCCAGUCCUUCACAUAAAACAGAACUAUUGUUAGGGGUGCAUACUGACCCAUAUGUCCAGAAGCAAACUCAGCAAAGGCAGAGUGAGGUGGAAGAAAGGGGCCAUGAAUUCACUAGGAAUGCUUCCAGACAAAUCCCAUCCUCUGUGACCUUCAAACCACCCAAGCACAAGCGAGCCAAAUACGGGCCUCACCAGGCCACAAAUGAGCCAAAAACAUCCCACGAGGGAGCUAAUACCGGCGAGCCCCAGAACCGACCCAAAGCUGGCUGUCUGACCGCAACCCUGACAUCUGACCCUAGAGUAAAGGAUUCUGGGAAGCUGAGCCCGGAUGAGAAGAUGCGGAUGCUUGAGAAGGCUGAGCAGGCCAAGGCGCUGGUGCUAACCAUGGUUUACAGAGACGGUACCACUCAGUUAGACCCAGAACAGAAGCUCACUCCACCGGUGUGCGGCCUCCUCGUACUGAUGAAGAACGAUCCGGACAGCAGCAUACCAGAGGACUCGCUCGGGCCAAAUGACAGUCUGGUCUACUUAAAAAUGGAGCACACACCUGCAUGGGCCCAGAAACACACACACCAGAGCCAGGAGCUUUUUACUAGAGAUAUGCUGCUACGAGUGCUAUCAAGAUCUCAACUGGUGGUGUGCUAUAAGGCCAAGGAUUUGCUUCGUACAGCUCUGCAGUUUUACAGACAAGACCUAAACUGGAAACAAGUUGCAGGGUGUCAUAUCCAGGACCCACAGGUGUCAGGGUGGCUACUGGAUCCUGCAGAUCCCUCCUCUAGCUACCAGGAACUUCUUAAUAAACACUUCAGAACACCCCGAAAAACACCUGCCCUGGGUACCAAGAAGGUUUCUCAGGUCAUCUCAGGUCUCUGUUCGCUCUACUGGCUUAACAUGGAGCUUUGCUGUAAACUACGGAGCCAAGGCCUGUGGGAGCUGUACUCAGACAUGGAGCUGAACAUGAUACCUGUUCUGGCAGCCAUGGAGAGCCAUCACAUCCACGUGGACAAAGAGGCUCUAAAGAGAACUUCAGACCUGCUCGGGACUAAGAUGAAGCAGUUGGAGCAGGAGGCUCAUCGAGCAGCUGGACAAAUGUUCCUGGUCACCAGCAACACUCAGCUACGAACAGUUCUGUUUGAGAAGCUGCGCCUCCACGAGCGCUGCGAGAACAAGAAGCUUCCCAAGACCACGAACAAACAACAGCAGUCAACAUCAGAAGCUGCAGUACGGCAAACACAGCUGUUGCAGCUUCAGGACCUGCACCCUCUACCAAAGAUCAUUCUGGAGUACAGACAGGUUCACAAAAUCAAGUCCACUUUUGUUGAUGGGAUUCUCUCAUGCAUGAUGAGCAAGAGCUACAUUUCCUCUACAUGGUACCAGACAAGUGCGGUGACUGGGAGGAUCUCAGCCAAACACCCAAACUUCCAGGCCCUGCCAAGACAGCCACUUCAAAUCACCAAGAAGCAGUACGUCCGAGGAAAGGACGAAGAGGUGGUGACUGUUCAUCCUCGGGCCAUGUUCAUUCCUCAGGAAGGCUGGACCUUUCUCGCUGCAGACUUCUGCCAGGUGGAGCUGCGUCUGCUGGCUCACCUCUCCUCUGACCCUGAGCUGCUUCGUAUUUUUACUAACCCUCAGGCCGACGUCUUUACCAUGCUGGCCUCUCAGUGGAAAGGGGUGAGUGAGGGUGAGGUGACUUCCGAGGACCGAGAACACGCCAAGCGCAUUGUGUACUCUGUUGUGUACGGAGCAGGUCGUGAGCGUCUGUCGGGGAUCCUGGGGGUGAGCGCUGAGCAGGCCAGCCAAUUCCAGGACAGUUUCCUGCAGACCUACAGAGAAGUCCAGACCUUCAUCCAAAGGACCAUCCAGCAGUGCCACAAACAAGGUUAUGUGCUAUCCAUUAUGGGCCGUCAGCGGACCCUUCGUAACAUCAGCUCCCCAGACUGGGGGAUCCGCAUGCAGGCUGAGAGGCAGGCUGUCAACUUUGUGGUCCAAGGCUCUGCCGCUGAUCUCUGUAAGACGGCCAUGAUCAGAAUCUUCAACCUGGUCUCGUCCUCUGACUCGAUCUCUGCCAGGCUGAUAGCGCAGCUUCAUGAUGAGCUUCUGUAUGAGGUGGAGGACUCCCAGAUGGAGCAGUUUGCAGCUCUUGUGAAGAGAACUAUGGAGUCCCUUCAGCACUUAGACCAUCUAGGAGUUCAUCUCAAAGUCCCCCUGAAGGUGGCAGUCUCCUGUGGCAAGUCCUGGGGAUCCAUGUCUGAGCUUAACAUCCCUCCAACAUCUCCCUCGCCUUCUCUUUGAGUCCUCCUCCCUCCCUUCAGCUCCUCUCUGCCUCUUUUUCUCUUUCUACUUCUACCACCACGCCCCUGUACUGAAUAUACUUUACUUUCACCGCUCUAGACAUUUUCUCUGCUCUCCCUCUUGUUCUCAUCUUUCUGCCUUUCUGAGUUUCUUGUUCAGUUUCUCUGUUUCACUCAGUCUAGCUCUCUCCUCACUUGUCCUGCAUCCACAUUACUAUGGAAACCAGGCAGCUGCAGCUCCUUCUAGCUCCCAGUUCUUGCUUUCACUCCAUCCGUAUCCGGGGGCAACGGCAGGAGCCACAGACUGGAUUGCGCCAGUUCUUUCUCUCUCUGUCUCUCUCUCUGUUUCUCCAUCCUGCAAAAAAAAAAAAAAAAGAUUCCUUAUCCUCCUCCUCUCCUCCUCCAUUUUCACACUAUCUUGUUAAGACCAACGCUGUUUUUUUCUGCCUCGUUGCCAUGGUGAAGCUACAUGUUUGAGAGAGUGCUUGGUAUUUAUUGGUUCAUAAAAAUGGUUGUUAAUAUAUAUAUUUAUUUUUUAAAAGCCAUCCUCAUAUUUUGCUGGUAGCCGCUAAGCUACUGUACACAUAAAAUAUAUUGUUCUAUAGAAAACUUCCUUGUAUUUAUUGUUAUAUGCUUCGUUCAUGCUGAAUAAAGCAAAAAUAUAAAUAAAUAAAUAAUUGUGUGAGCUCCCACUUGAUAAACCCAGUAACCUCUCUCACCCGUUUUCAUUUCUUCAUGCAGGUUUUUUUUCUACGUUCACCAGGAACUAAUCCUAAAUUAAUUGUUACAGCUGAUUUGCAUGUUACAUUUUAGAGCAAUUGUAGAGCUUAUGCUCUUAUUAACACAAGCGUAAAACACUUGAAGCAGCAUAAUAUCCUCUCAACAUCACAACAUUAGAAAUUAAAGCCAUAGCUCCCUGGCAAUAUGUCUGUGAGCAUUAAUUGUCUGUGACCAAUUUAAGA